AUGAAAUUCUUCAUUCUUUGUGCACUUUUGGUGGCUGUUUCAGUUGUUUUGGCUGAGCCAAUUUUCAGACCUGAAUUUGGUGAGUAUUCAAAGGUUUAUGACGAUUCAAGACAAUCAAAAAUGAUUUUCAGGAAAAUCUCCAGCGUGUCCAAGAUUGAGAGGAAAAUCACCACCAGUUGUUAGUGUUGGUUAGUUUUUUUGCGGAUAAAUUUGGGUUUCUAGGCCACCAAAAAAACGUUUCUUUUCAGGAAAAGCACCAAAUUCGAUGAUGAGAAUGGGAAAAUCUCCAUCUGUUAUGCGUUUCGGUACGUUUUGGGCCAGAAAUUUAUCAUUUUUGGAGUCCUAGGUCAUCGGGAGUAUUUCUAGGCCACCAAAAUCUAUUUACUUUUCAGGAAAAGCACCAAAUUCGAUGAUGAGAAUGGGAAAAUCUCCAUCUGUUAUGCGUUUCGGUACGUUUUUUGGGGUUUCUAGUCCAGACCACCAAAAUCUGUUUGGUUUCCAGGAAAAUCGCCAAUCGAAUAA